AUGUCGGCUUCAUUGAUUAAUCGCUCCUUAACAAACAUUAGGACAGAACUAGAUUUUCUAAAGGAGUCAAAUGUCAUUACAAAUGACGUUUUCGACCAAAUAAACAAGAGCUUGCCAGUGAAAUGGGAUCCUUCCAGUGCACCUCGCAACGCCAGCACAACAUCUUUGGAAUAUGUUGAAGCCCUUUAUCAAUUUGAUCCUCAACAAGAUGGUGAUUUGGGCUUAAAACCAGGUGACAAGGUCCAACUUUUGGAGAAAUUAUCUCCAGAGUGGUAUAAAGGUAGCUGUAACGGCCGCACUGGUAUUUUCCCAGCAAACUACGUCAAGGCAGCUUUCUCUGGCUCCAAUGGACCAUCAAGUCUUCCCCCACCUCCACAAUAUAAAGCUCAAGAACUACAACAAGUCCCCACGCAAAAUAGUGCCACAUCAUCUUACCAACAGCAGCCAUUCCCUCCACCUUCCACAUACUAUUACCAACAGCCUCAACAGCAGCCGCAACAAGCUCCUCCUCCUCAACAACAACAACAGAGCUCUCAUAGCCAUUUGAAGAGCUUUGGUAGCAAAUUAGGUAAUGCUGCCAUCUUUGGGGCAGGUGCUAGUAUUGGGUCAGAUAUUGUCAAUAAUAUCUUUUAA